AUGGCUUGCAUGGAGCUUCUCUACCUGGCCGAGGAGAGCAGACAGGUGCCCCUGGGCACCGCUACUGGCUGGAGCCUGCCCUCCCAUCCUUACGAGCAGCAGCAGUGUGAGGGGGGUGAGCUGGACCCCAGAGCAGCCGCUGCCGUGGCAGCCCUGCACUGUGAACGGCACUGCAAGCCCUUGCAGAGGGGCCCUGUGGCUGAGCCCCCCCUGGCACCCCAGCCCCCCUCCCUGGGCACCUCACCCCAGGAGCACCCUGCACCCUCCAGCACCUCCCAGCCCUGCCACCCAGCCGAGCGCUUGCCCAGGGAAGAGGAUGGAGGGAAGAAAAAAGCCUGCUGCUGUGCCCAGGAACUUGAGACAUCGUUCACCUGUGUGGAUGAAAAUGUAAAUCUGGAGCAUGCAAGAAGUCCCCCCACUCCUACAGGUGGCCAGGAUGCCCCUCUGCAGCAGCAUUCCUGCAGGGAGCUGCCACCUGAAUGGGUGCACGAUUCUCCUUCCUUGGUCUCCGAGGAGGACGAUGCUGCCUCAGAGGCAGCAGCUGGGAAAUCCGUUGACUAUGGAUUCAUUAGUGCCAUUUUGUUCCUGGUUAGUGGCAUUUUGCUGGUGAUAAUUUCCUACGUGGUACCCAGAGAUGUGACUGUGGAUCCCAACACGGUGGCUGCCCGGGAGAUGGAGAGGCUGGAGAACGAGAGCGCAAGGAUCGGUGCUCACUUGGACCGCUGUGUUAUCGCUGGGCUGUGUCUCUUAACCCUGGGGGGCGUGGUGCUCUCCAGCCUGCUGAUGAUGUCCAUGUGGAAAGGGGAGCUGUACCGGAGGAGCAGGUUUGCAUCCUCCAAGGAGUCUGCAAAGCUGUAUGGAUCUUUCAAUUUUAGAAUGAAGUCUGGUGCAAAUGAUAAUAUGCUUGAGCUGUCAUUAGUUGAGGAAGAUGUGCUUGCCAUAGAUAAUUAG